AUGAGUUUUCUGGUGAAGGCGUUGCUCGGUAGCAAUGUUGUGCAUCCGGUGGAGCAUGAGGGCUCUGAAUCUCCCUCCUCGCAGCAAGGCGAUGCAGAAGAGGAAAAGCAACGCGUUCCCACACGAACACUCAUAAUUCGUGUCCAAUCGUGCACAGUCGCCCAGGACCGACGUGACGCGUUGAAGGAGCUGCAGGCAUGCCCCGACCUACCCUAUGUUAUGGCGGCCAAAGAGGUUUCUUACCUCUGCAACGUUCUGCGAAUUUUCCCUGACGACAACGACGUUGUGGAGUCGUCCCUCGCCGUCCUCUCGGGUAUUACGGAAUUAACGAGUUAUCCCUCCAGUUCCUCCAACUACGCUGUUUCCGAGAAGGAGAAGAGACGUAUUCGUGAUUCCUUUCUACAUGAAUUGGUUCCGGAGGUGCCAUUGUUUUUGAAUCAUGUCCAAGCCGGUAGCUUUUGGUGCCGCUUUCACGCUGUACAAAUACUGCAACGACUGCAGGAGCACGACCCUUCCGCAGUACAUAAGCUGCUACUUUCUUCACAUGGCAUCGGUAUGCUUUUGGACAUUUUGAACGAUAACAGCCAUUGCGGUGCUCUUCGAAGCGAAGGAUUGUUGCUUAUUACAUCUAUCACAGCCACAGACACUGAGUUACAAACUAUUCUUGCCUUUGACAACGCAUUUGAGAUGUUGUUUGCGGUCAUAAAGGAAGAGGGCGGAUUGGAUGGUGGCGUGAUUGUCUGUGACUGCCUUACCAUUGCCCACAACAUGUUGCGCAACAACAAGGCAACACAAAAGCUUUUUUGCGAAAUGGGGUGCGCCCGUCUUGUUUGUAAUUUAUUGGAGGCGGUGCCUGAGCGUUUGCGGGCUGCCAUGCAUCGCAGUGCAUCCCUCAAGAACCAGGGUGGAGAUACUGGUGAGAAUAUGGAGGCCAUCUUUACCCCUCUGAGUGACAUGCAGAACGACGUGGUUUUUAAGGCGGUAUCCAUUCUUAGUUGUGUUCUACGCGGGGCGGAAGCGCACCAAGAGGGUCCUGCAGCCCAAGAGGCCUUUCUUCAAAGUGGUGCAUUAGGCCCGUUGUCGUCAUUAGCCCUUGGUGGCGUGAUUGUUGAUGAUGCAUCACGGGUAGAGGCAUUAAGAACCCUGGCAGUACUUCUCCAGGACAGAAGAGUAGGUAUUGAAAGGUUCAUACAGUUGCAGGUCACAACUUUGGUUUCUUGCGAAUUUUCGUUAUGGGUGGAAGAAUGGUCUGCGCUCCGUGGAAUUCUUUAUGUAUUGUUAGAAAUAGAGGAUAGGGUGAUGCAAUCUGCCGCUGCACAGGUGUUUCAUGCUUUGUUAAGUGUUUCGGUCUGUGAGGGAGAUGUUGCGGAAAAACUAUUGGAGGGAUUUGCUCCUUCUUUAUCCUCAUUGGCGCCGGCGGCACCCGCAGCCACGGCAUCGAGGGGUGUGUUACCGGCUCGCAGUGGGGCGGCAUUAGCCAACGCUCUUUUUAGACCUAUCCCAUACAGUAGAAGCAGCCAAAAAUAUUAUUCUGCCCUUUUGUUGGAUCGUCUUUUGUGUGUGUCGGGGGUUAUGAAGCAGCUCUUGGGAACGAAUCAACGGGAAAUGGCGUCAUCUUUAUCAUUGAGAAAGCCGAUUACGCCCUAUGAAACAAAUGGCGUAUUUCUUGCGUACGUUCAAUACGUCAUUAAGUGUCUUCGAGGUCAGGGGGAGAUGGAUCUCAACACUCUUAGUGCUUGUUUCAGGUCGCUGCUGCGGUGGGUGAUUGGCUGCGAGGAAGCCGUUCAGGUAUUUUUGAGCGAUGGUAAGUACUACAAGUCGCUCUUGCAGCGAGCAGGACAAGACGACGGCCCGGUGCAUGUUCGCUUUUGGUCCGCUGUUCUAUGUGCUGCAUUGUGCGUCGCUGCACCGAGUGGGCUGCCGAAAACGGCCCAAGAGCCCCCAAGAGCCGAUGGUAAUGGUCGAGUGAGAGAGUGCGAGGGCAGUGCGGAUGGCGUUCCGUCAUCGCCUUCGUUGAAUAGGCGACAGUUAUUGGAACUUUUUUUUAACCAUCUGGGUGGCCCCUCCAUCUUUGACAGUCUUCUUUUCGACGUGAAGGCCUCCAGUCCAAUGUGGUCUGAACCGCCAAAGAAUGCCUUCUUGCGCCCAACCCCCGCUCUGUACGACGAGAAAAUGAAGCAUACAUUAUUGGGUGUCAUCAAGGAAUUUAACGAGAUUUGCCCGUCGCGUGGCAAGAUGCAACCCACGGCGAUGGAGGAGAGUGACUUGUCGGUGGCCCCGGCGCCGACGGCAGCAGCAACACGAGUAACAAAUACAGCUUUUGCCACUGUGGUUGAAGAUGUAGAUUUUUUUUCGGAAGGGUCUUUGUCAUUGAGGGAGGAUCUGAACGAAAAUCUUGGGGCUGUUGGGAUGACAGCCCCAAAACAGCAAAAUCUGUCACAGGUGGAGGGUUGCCUCAAAAAUGCUGAGGAUGAGGCAUGCAAUGCGCUUCGCAACGUGUACGAGCUCAGGGUGAAGGAAUUAUUGGAGAAGAAUGCCGCGUUGGAGCGCGAACUACAAGUUAUGCGAGGUCAUUUACAUGCAGAUGCUGAGUCACGAGAGGUCGAGAAGAAACCUGAAAAGCGGCAUGUGGAGGAGGUAAAAGGCUUGAGGGAAAACGUCCGGCUUCUGGAAGAGGCGCUUAGUGCUGAGGAGGAGGAACAUCGGCUCCUGGCACAGUCUCUGAACAUGCUGGAGGAGCAGCUGCGGGAGGCCCGCGCGAAUCGGUCGAACACCACAGAAGUUCUGGAGCUUCGUCGUGAGGUUGAAAAGCUGACGGAAGAGCGUGACCGCCUGCUUGUUCUGGUCGCCGAGUUGGACGAGGAGAACCUCCCCAUGAAUUACACGGGCCUGGGAAAGACGUACCCGUCACCAUCACCUCCGCCACUGCCUCCCCCAUCCGCCCCGUACUCCUUUUUUUCAUCGACAAAGGCGCCCCAGGCAAUUUGUGGGGAGGUGAACUUAUUGCCUGCAACAAAAUACGCGGGUUUUGCGGAAGGGGAACAGAUGACGCCAGCGGAACCUUCGCACAGUUUGUUUGAGGCGACGGGCCCAAAUGGUUUUCAAACAUCACCAUCACCAUCAGUGCGUCCCCCUCAAGAGCAGCAGCAGCAGCAGAGUGACCUUCAGCCAGCGAGAAGACCAUUUGAAAGAACUUUGGGAAUCGCGAAUGGACUGCAGGAGCCGGUGGAAAAAGUAGCAUCUAUGGAGAGAAAUUUGUUUUCUGAUGAGCCCCCUGAUGGAUGCGUGCGUGGGAAUGAAUUAGAGAAAAGACACAUGGAAUCGGCGCCUCCCGCAGGGGCUGCACGACGCUCUGCCCCACUGAAAUCCAAUCCUUUUGCAAAUAUGGCGGGCCCACACGAUGAACUUUCUGGUGGUCCAUGGUAG